AUGAUGCUUCCUAACCCCGACGAAUUUCCCACCGGCACGCUGCCCUCGUGGCCGCCUGCUAACUCCAUCGACCCCAUUCCCACCGUCAUUCCUGGCGAGCCCAUCUUCCAGGAGCUCCAGACGACCGGCAAGCGGACUCUUUGGGUCGUCACUGUGUUGAUGGGCCUGACCUCGCUGGUCUUCUACACGCUCGCCGCUCGUGCCCCUCUGUCCAAGCGCAUCUUCCACACGCUCUCCGCGUUCAUCACCACCAUCUCGUUCAUUACCUACCUCGCCCUGUCCACCGGCCAAGGCAGCGACUAUGUCUUCCAGAACAUUGUCAACCACCACAAGCAUGUCCCCAACACCGAGGACGAGUACUUCCGUCAGGUUCUGUGGCUGCGCUAUCUGAACUGGGCCCUGAGCACCCCGCUCAUUCUCACCAACUUUGCUUUGGUUAGCGGUGUGCCCGGAGCGAAUCUGGUCUCCUCGAUCGUCGCCAACUGGGUUAUGCUUGCCUCGGGUUUGCUGGGUACCUAUGCCGGCCACACCAAGGUUCGCUGGGUCUGGCUGGUUGUCAGCUGUGUGGCUUACCUGACUGUUCUUCACCACGGUGGUUUCCAUGCCCACCGCGCCAGUCUGAACAAGGAUGCCCAAACUCGCCGUUUCUUCGGUGCUCUGGCUGGCUCGACUUUGACUGUCUUUGCCUUGUUCCCAAUUGCUCUGGCCGCCGGCCCUCUGGCUCUGAAGUUAAGUGUCGACACCGAGACGGUUAUCUUCGCCGUCCAGGAUAUCUUCACCCAGGGUUUGAUUGGUUACUGGCUUCUGCUGGCCCAUGACAGCUCCCCGGGAAUUACUGUCCACAUUGGCGGCUUCUGGUCCAACGGCGUCGGUAAUGAGGGUGCGAUCCAUCUCCCUGAGGAGGGUGCCUAA